AUGUUGGCACGGAAACUGCACCUGCUCCGACACAACUUCCUGUCAUUUGUAUCCUCUCGGACUGGCAGUGACCUUGCCAGGCGCCAGUAUGAUGUCAUCGUGGUGGGAGGAGGACAUGCUGGGACGGAGGCGGCGGCCGCAGCAGCCAGAUUGGGAGCAGAGACCCUCCUCAUUACCCAGAAGAUCACGACUAUCGGUGAGAGAGAAAGAGCCUCCUGUAAUUUACUUGUGGGAUCAGUAGGAAUAGAGCAGUGUCUCUCUGAACCACCCACCCACUCACACUCCCUCCCCCUCUCUCUCGCACCCUUCUCCUCUCCUUGUACCUCAGGGGCCCUCUCCUGUAACCCCUCUCUGGGGGGCGUGGGGAAGGGCCAGCUGGUGAGGGAGGUGGAUGCUCUGGACGGGCUGUGUGGGCGAGCAGGUGACUGGGCCGGGGUCCACUUCUCCAUCCUAAACCGCAGCAAAGGGCCCGCUGUGUGGGGCCCCCGGGCACAGCUGGACCGGGAACGCUACCGCCAGUUCAUCCAGGUACCUACCGCUCAGCACAGCCAGGAUCUGUCCAAGUUCAUUUAAGUGAAUUGUUUAAACAGGAAUCAGACAAGUUGUUUACAUAAAGUCCUGUGUGGGCUUAGAUGGUAAGAGUGUGGUGCUAGCAAUGCCAAGGGUUUAAUUCCUGCAGGUAUCACAUUUUUUUAAAAUUAUGCACUCACUGCACUGUAAGUCCCUUUAGAUAAAAUCAUCUACUAUGUGGCAUACACAAGAACACAUAUUGGCUCCAAAUCCAUUUUGCAGUGAUACUCCUCUUUUUAGUUUACCAUAUAUCUCAAGAAAGUCUGUCUAUCUAGAAAAUUAUUAAUGCUAAAUCCUCUCAUUGUAACCUUUGUUUCCUUGUUUGUCUCACUCCUCUGCAGUCAGAAUUGCUGUCCACUCCCAGGCUGACAGUGUUGGAGGGUUCAGUGGAGGAGCUGCUGGUGUCACAACCCAACCCAGAGGAGCCUGGACACCACAGAGUCACUGGGAUAUGCCUGGGUAGGAAAGACUGACAGACUGAUAGACUGGCUCUCUCUCACACACACACACACACACACACUACAUACUACACAAUGUCUCUCUUACUAUCUGGUACUAGUGUUUUCCUGUUGAAUCUUUGACCAUUCCCCUACAGUAUGUGUCUGUCCUGUGAACCUCCUGCUGUCAUCUCUUUAUGUAGGAUGAUUGUAGGUUUAAAUGAUGUACAAGUAUUUGAAAUGUAGUAGUAUGCAUCCUAAUGAAAAAUACUUAUCAAUAUAAAAUCUAUUUCUCUCUCUCUCAAACUCCUCUGUCUCACAAACACACACUCCUCUCUCAAUUUUAAUUAAAUUCAAAGGGCUUUAUUUGCAUGGGAAGCAAGUGGAAUAGAUAAACAAUCUGAAAUGAACAGGAAAGAUUACACUCACAAAAGUUUCAAAAGAAUAGAGACAUUUAAAGUGUUAUAUUACUGGCUAUGUAUAGUGUUGUAACAAUGUGCAAAUAGUUGAAGUACGAAUGGGAAAAUAAACAGAUAAAUAUAGUUUAUUUACAAUUGUGUUUGUGCUUUGUGGCAACAGGUCACAAAUAUUGCUGCUGUGAUGGCUCACCUAAUAGAUAUGGGAGUUUAUCAAAAUUGGAUUUGUUUUCAAAUUCUGAGUAUGUCUGUGUAAUGUGAUGGAACUACGUGUCUCUAACAUGGUCAUUCGUUUGUCAGGAGGUUAAGAAGUGCAGCUCAGUUUCCACCUAAUUUUUAUGGGCAGUGGUCACAUAGCAUGUCUUCUCUCGAGAGCCAGGUCUGCCUAGGGUGGCCUCUCUCAAUAGCAAGGCUAUGCUCACGGAGUCUUGAUGUAGUCAAAGCUUAAUUUUAUUCUGCCACUGUGUACUCGCUGUUUAGGGCCAAAUAGCAUUCCAGUUUGCUUUGUUCUUUUGGUUAGUUCUUUUUUCAAUGUGUCAAGUAAUUAUAUUUUUGUUUCCUCAUCAUUUGGAUGGGUCUAAUUGUGUUGCUGUCCUGGGGCACUGUGGGGUCUGAUUGUGUUUGUGAACAGAGCCCCAGAACCAGCUUGCUGAGGGGAAUAUUCUCUAGGUUAAUCUCUCUGUAGGUGAGGGCUUUGUGUGGGAAUUACUUAUUUUUACGUGGUUGAAGAAUUUAACAGGUCUUUUCUGGAUUUUGAUCAUUAGUGGGUAUCAUACUAAUUCUGCUCUGCAUACAUUUUUUGCUGUUUUACGUUGUACACAGAGGAUGUUUUUGCAGAAUUCUGCAUGCAGAGUCUCAAUUUGGUCUUUGUCCCAUUUUGUGAAUUCUUGGUUGGUUAGCGGACCCCAGUCCUCACAACCAUAGAGGGCAAUGGGUUCUAUAACUGAUUUAAGUAUUUUUCUGCCAGACCUAAUUGGGAUGUCGCAUUUUAUGUUCCCUUUGAUGGCGUAGAAGGCCCUUCUUGACUUGUCUCUCAGAUCGUUCACAGCUUUGUGGAUGUUACCUGUGGUGCUGAUGUUUAGGCCGAGGUAGGUAUAGUUUUUUGUGUGCUCUAGGGCAACGUGUCUAGAUGGAAUUUGUAUUUGUGGUCCUGGCAACUGGAAAUUUUUUGGAACACCAUUAUUUUUGUCUUACUGAGAUUCACGGCCUAGGUCUGAGAGAAUCUGUGCAGAAUAUCUAGGUGCUGCUGUAGGCCAUCCUUGGUUGGGGACAGAAGCACCAGAUCAUCAGCAAACAGUAAACAUUUGACUUCAGAUUCUAGUAGGGUGAGGCCGGGUGCUGCAGACUGUUCUAAUGCCCUCCCCAAUUCGUUGAUAUAUAUGUUGAAGAGGGUGGGGCUCAAGCUGCAUCCCGGUCUCACCCCACAGCACUGAGGAAAUCUGUGUGUUUUUUUCCAAUUUCAAUCGCACAUUUGUUGUUUGUGUACAUGGAUUUUAUAAUGCCAUAUGUUUUUCCCCAACACUGCUUUCCAUCAAUUUAUAUAGAAGACCUUCAUGCCAAAUUGAGUCAAGCUUUUUUUGAACUCAACAAAGCAUGAGAAUACUUUGCUUUUGUUUUGUUUGUCAAUUAGGGUCUGCAGGGUGAAUACUUGGUCUGACGUACAGUAAUUUUGUAAAAAGGCAAUUUGACAUUUGCUCAGGACAUUGUUUUCACUGAGGAAAUGUUGGAGUCUGCUGCUGUUAAUGAUAAUACAGAGUUUUUCUUCCGAGGUUGCUGUUGAUGCAUAUCGUACCGUAGUUAUUGGGGUUGAAUUUGGAGUUUAAGUAUAGCCAAUUACAAUUUAUGGUCUGUAUAUUUUAUCAUUUCAUUUAGGAUAUCAUCAACACCACAGGCCUUUUUGGGUUGGUGAUUGGUAAACUGCCUCAUAUACACUAUAUAUACAAAUAUUAGUUCAAAUUAGUGGAUUCAGCUAUUUCAGGCACACCCAUUGCUUUAUAAAAUCGAGCACACAACCAUGCAAUGUCCAUAGACAAACAUUAGCAGUAGAAUGGCCUGACUGAAGAGCUCAGUGACAUUCAACGUGGUACCGUCAUAGGAUGCCACCUUUCUAACAAGUCAGUUCGUCAAAUUUCUGCCCUGCUAGAGUGGCCCCAGUCAACUGUAUGUGCUGUUAUUGUGAAGUGGAAAUGUCUAAGAGUAACAACGGCUCAGCCGCGAAGUGGUAGGCCACACAAGCUCGUCUGUCCUCGGUUGCAAAUCGUCUGUCUUCGGUUGCAACACCGAGUUCCAAACUGCCUAUGGAAGCAACGUCACCACAAUAACUGUUCGUCGGGAGCUUCAUGAAAUAGGUUUCCAUGGCCGAGCAACCGCACACCAAGCGUCGGCUGGAGUGGUGUAAAACUUGCCACCAUUGGACUCUGGAGCAGUGGAAACGUGUGUUCUCUGGAGUGAUGAAUCACGCUUUACCAUCGGAAGUCCGACGGACUAAUCUGGGUUUGGCGGAUGCCAGGAGAACGCUACCUGCCCCAAUGCAUAGUGCCAACUGUAAAGUUUGGUAGAGGAAGAAUAAUGGUCUGGGGCUGUUUUACAUGCUUCGGGCUAGGCCCCUUAGUUCCAGUGAAGGGAAAUCUUAACGCUACAGCAUACAAUUACAUUCUAGAUGAUUUUGUGCUUCCAACUUUGCAGCAACAGUUUGGGGAAGGCCCUUUCCUGUUUCAGCAUGACAAUGGCACAUAGCGAGGUCCAUACAGAAAUGGUUUGUCGAGAUCUGAUGAAAGUACGCUCUUUGUCUUUAUCAAACUAAUGUUUUUACAUAUUUUCAAUGUGGAAUCUGUCUAUGUUUAGGCGGGUAAGAGCGUCUGCUAAAUGACUUAAAUGUAAAUGCCACUAGCAGUUCGCAAAGUAGGGUCGUCACUAACGUUAGUUGCCACAGCCACAAAGUCAUAAACCCUGCCUGUUUCUACAACUUUGCUUCUUAAAAUCUGAUUUUAAACCUAACCCUUAACCACACUGUUAAUCUUAUUCCUAACCUUAAAUUAAGACCAAAAAGCACAUUUUUGUUUUCAUGAAUUUUUACUAUAUAGACAAUUUAGACUUUGUAGCUGUGGUAACUAGUGACAACCGCAAAGUAGCCUAUAAACUAAAUGACGGAAUUAUUCAAAAACUGCAGCUCAUUGUUGGAACACAUCAGUGGCGAUUUUAGCAUGUAAAUCUUGGCAGGGCAAACUCCCAAACAUUUUUUGGAUGCAUUCCAGCAAAGCCACCACUACACAACACACCACUAAACAAUACAUUAAUUGCAAUAUAACGGUGACAAACGGUGCCCACAAACUGUUAGGGCCUACAUAAAGCUGUCCCAACAGCAGUCCCAACAUCUUACCACUGCUACACCUGGCUAUCAGCAGAGCCUUGUCUGGCAGCGAAACAGUUAAUUCAGCCUUAUUUACUGCCUUUUUAAAAAACAUAGCUGAUAUGGCUGACUUGCUUAAACAAAUGUGGAUUCUACUGACAAUUGAGAUGUACAAACUAUGGCAUAAGGGAAUGAUGAGCGGAUAAGAGGCAAUUCGUAAUUUAAAUUAAGACAAUGAGCGAGCUAAGACGGACGUAGUCAAUAGAACUAUUUGUUCAGCACUUUUGAAAUGUACAGCAACAGAAUUCACAACAUGGGCCGUUCUUACAGUAUUCUCCCUGUACACCAAGUCAGAACCGUAGGAUAAAUAAAGGGAGCAUAUAAGCAGACAAAGAAAGCUCUUACAAUAUUUUCGAUGAUGACAUUUCUCUAAAACUGGCUAAAGGCUACAUGUGCACCACCAAGUAGGCUAAAUUAUGAGGGGGAAAGGGACCAAAUUACGGUGAGGCACAUGGGCUACUAACAGCUUACUACACAACAUACACUUAGUAUUACUUUCUUAGCUACAGUAUACAUAUCUCCCUGGCAUAGUACAUCAUUUAUGCAGCAGCAUACAAUAUUUUUGGACUCACCAUGUUUUGUUGUGCUGUGCUCACUUGAACAUGAAGGUGGCGCGGCAGUCCUUCUAGUGGGCAAAUUUUGUCAUCAAACUUUGUCAUCAAAGUCUGGCAUUCUCUGGAUUUAUGGUUAUUUCAAGACAACUGGGAACUCUGGAAAAAAAACAGGGUUGAAACAUGACGUCAGUGAUCUUUAGGUCGGAGCUUUAGAAAGAGGCCCGAGUUCCCAACUUGGAAUUCCGAGUUGGAUGACCGUUCAAAACGUAUUUUCCCAGUCGGAGCUCGUUUUUUUCAGAGUUCCCAGUUGUCUUGAACUCACUGAAGUCUGAGAUUUCCCAGUUCCGAGUUUCCAGUUGUUUUGAACGCGGUAGAAGUCAUGCUGGAUUGACAGCAUGGCCAAUGUAUUCAACCUUUUCUGGCCCAUGGUGUUGCAUGUGAAUGUUUAUCCUUUUAAGCUUGGAAAAGAGACCCUUAAACCCAGACUUGGACCACACACCCUCUCCACUGAAUAGCAGGCUAGGGAUUGCUUUGCAAUGCUUGCAGUUAGCCACUGAUUCCUUCCAAACCACUCAUUGUUGAAUUUGCGAUUUCCAACUUGUGUAAUGUUUAUGUCCAAUGGCCGAUGAGCACUGAUACGUUUUAUCUAUAAUUUCUCUUCAUAUAACAAGGAUUGAAAAGGAUUUGCCAUUAGAUUGUCGACUUGAUUCAUGAUGAUGACUGCUUGUCUAGCUUGCUAGCUAAGAUUUUGAAAGUAUGAUGUUGACAUGAUCAGUCCAAUUAAAGCUACGGUAGAUAUAACGUGAUUUGACAUCCUUUUAUCUGUGGCCAAUGACCUUGAGGCUUCUUGGAUGGGCACUUCUAAUGUAAAUCAAUAGCAGCACCCAAGAGGCUUGAAUUUUUGAGCGCUCCCUGUAGAUUUAGCGGUGACAUAGUGUCCCCAUGAGUGACAACACUGAGCCAAUCACAGCGCAACUAGAGAACAUUACCAACCUCUACGCUCUGUAUUUUCCACUGGCUGCCCCUCCACCACAGAAAGCACUGAGCUAGGCUGAAACACCUGCAUUUUGGAGCUGCCUUGCUCAAGAAAGCAAAAAAGAGUCCAUGUUUGUAUGCGGUUUAAUUAAUGUAUUAUUAUUUAAAAAAUUAUAUUGUUUGCAAACUGAUAUGGUGACACUUAUUAAUGCCAAAAUAACAUUUUUUUUUGCUAAACAGGUGGGGUACUGCCACUGGAACACUUAUUUCCCUACUUCAGUCAACCAGUCCAUUUAACAUUUGUGAUGAAACUGUUGUCAAUUGGCAAGGACUGUAGCUUGUAUCCCAUCAGUUAGAUAUGUUUUUAUAGGCAUUUAUUUCUGUAGGCGCACAUAGCACGCGUGUGUAGAAGGAGCGGUCGGAACGCAAUUGAGUGAGUGACACGGAGAGGAAAGGGAAUUUAGGGAGCAGAACUGUGAUGCUUGGCUUGGUUUAUUUUUUGUUAUGUCCCUCAAAUGCACAUGUACAAAUGGAACAGUCAAAGAAAAUGUACGUUGUCUUCAAGACAACAUUUUGACCAAAUAGUUUUACAGUACCAGUCAAAAGUUUGGACACACCUACUCAUUCAAGGGUUUUUCUUUAUUUUUACCAUUUUCUACGUUGUAGAAUAAUAGUGAAGACAUCAAAACUAUAGUUAGGCACUCAAGUUCAGUUUUUUUGUCUUAUUUCUUGUUUGUUUCACAAUAAUAAAAUAUUGUGCAUCUUCAAAGUGGUAGGCAUGUUGUGUAAAUCAAAUGAUACAAACCCCCAAAAAUCAAUUUUAAUUCCAGGUUGUAAGGCAACAAAAUAGGAAAAAUGCCAGGGGUGGGGGGGGGUGAAUACUUUCGCAAGCCACUGUAAAUAGCUCAAUUCUGGUUCUGAAUAGUUAGUCAGCUAGCCAUGUCCACUUACCAAUUGCACUCAUAGCAGAAUGAACAAUGUGAUCCAUUUCACUGGUUUCUAAUCAUACAGGAGUUUUCUAUCUUGCAGAAGUAUCAGAACAAUGCGUAAAUUGCUGUGAGGAGAAGUAUUACAAAACAUGAAUCUAAUUGUGCACACUGGGGGCAGCCAUUGUUUGCUGUCAGUGCCCGUAACCGUAAUAUAGUGUGUAUAUGCGCACUAAAAUAUGUGGCACAGUUAUGAUGAUUAUGUCAGUACUGUAGGCCUAGUUUAGCUCUCUCAAACCCUUCAGCGAUUAACUUCGCCCACCGCUAGCCAUGUGAAGUACAAUUCCGGUGCUGUGUUAUAACGUUUGGAAACGUCAAUAAGCAUCACUUGCCAAACGUUUUUUGAAACAUAUGGCCCUUAUCUUUCAUAUCAGUGAGAAAUAAUCUUUAAAAUGAAAAAAAUAUACAAUUACUGUGGAAUGCAGUGUUUGGUUUUCGCCAGACGUAAUGGGACCCAUCUCGUCCAAGAAGUCGACUCAAGUUUGCCAAAAAGCACCUGGAAGCAGCUGGAUGAUCAUCAAGACUCUUGGAAGAAUGUUCUAUGUACAGAUGAGUCAAAAGUACUGUAUAACGUUAUGGAAGACAUUAUGACUGGCGAAAACCAAACACUGCAUUCCACAGUAAGAACCUUAUACCAACGGUUAAGCGUGGUGGUAAUGUGAUGGUUUGGGGAUGCUUUGCUGCCUCAGGACCUGGACGACUUGCCUUAGUAUAAGGAACCAUGAAUUCUGCUCUGUAUCAGAGAAUUCUACAGGAGAAUGUCAGGCCAUCCAUCUGUGAGCUGAAGCUGAAGUGCAGCUGGGUCAUGCAGCAAGACAUUGAUCCAAAACACAAUGAUGUCAUCUACAUGAAAAUGUCUAAAAAGCAACACAUUUGAAGUUUUGGAAUGGCCUAGUCAAAGUCCAGACCUAAUCCCAAUUGAGAUGUUGUGGCAGGACUUGAAACGAGCAGUUCAUGCUUGAAAACCCACAAAUGUCGCCGAGUUAAAGCAGUUCUGCAUGGAAUGGUGGGCCAAAAUUCCUCCACAGCGACGAGAGAGACUGAUCAACAACUACAGGAAGUGUUUGGUUGGAGUCAUUGCAGCUAAAGGUGGCACAACCAGUUAUUGAGUGUAAGGGUGCAAUUACUUUUUCACACAGGGGCAUUGGGUGUUGCUUAACUUUGUUUAUGAAAUAAAUUAAAUAAGUAUUGUGUUAUUUGUUCACUCAGGUUCCCUUUAUCUAAUAUUAUGUUUUGGUUGAAGACCUGAUAACAUUCAGUAUCCUAAUGAAGACAGCUUGUCUGUCGAAACGUUGGUUAUUAAAUUAUUGCAUCUGAGCUCCUAGAGUGUGUGGCUCUCCUUUUCUUUUUCAAGUGUUCUACUCCGUAACAUUCAGUAUCAAACAUAUGCAAAAGUAGACAAAAUUAUAAAAGGGGGCAAAUACUUUUUCACAGCACUGUACAUGGGGAUGGAAAUUGGGAAAAGUAGUGGUUCUGUAAUGGGCAGAAACAGAGGUGUGUGUGUGUGUGUGUGUGUGUGUAUACACACAUACUGAAUGAAUACACCAGGGCACAGAUACAGAAUAAAUGGCAAAGGACUGUAUAGAUUGCAUAUUCUACCUGCAGACAGAGGUGGGACCAAGUCACUAUUAUUGAAGUCGCAAGUCUAAAGUCACAAGGUCCGAGUCUCAAGUUGAGUCCCAAGUAGAACGGGUCAAGUCUUGAGUCAAGUCCAAGUCGUGCAUUCUAAGAGCAAGUCGAGUCACAAGUUUUUUUCAAGUAAAGUAAAAAAAACUCUUUACAUGCAACGACUUGAUCAUCUACAAAUCUUUGUGUAUUUAUUGAGGCUACCAUACAGCCCUUUUCAUUAUUUUGUCUACAACACAUUUUGAUUAUGUAAUAGGGACAGCCAACAAGUGCUCAGCAUAUGUCGGAAAUGGUUGGAAAAGCAUUCCAGGUGAAGCUGGUUGAGAGAAUGCCAAGAGUGUGCAAAGCUGUCAUCAAGGCAAAGGGUGGCUAUUUUAAGAAUCUCAAAUAUAAAAUAUAUUUUGAUUUGUUUAACACUGUUUUGGUUACUACAUAAUUCCAUAUGUGUUAUUUCAUCGUUUUGAUGUCUUCACUAUUACUCAACAAUGUAUAAAAUAGUAAAAAUAAAGUAAAACUUGAAUGAGUAGGUGUGUCCAAACUUUUGACUGGUACUGUAUAUACAGUGCAUUCGGAAAGUAUUCAGACCCCUUGACUUUUUCCACGUUUUGUUAUGUUACAGCCUUAUUCUAAAAUAUAUUAAAUCGUUUUAUUCUCCCUCAAUCUACAUACAAUACCCCAUAAUGACUAAGCAAAAACUGGUUUUUAGAAAUUUUAGCAAAUGUAUUAAAAAUUAAAACCGGAAAUAUUACAUUUACAUAAGUAUUCAGACCCUUUACUCAGUACUUUGUUGAAGCAGCUUUGUCAGCGAUUACAGCCUCGAGUCUUCUUGGGUAUGACGCUACAAGCUUGGCACACCUGUAUUUGGGGAGUUUCUCCCAUUCUUCUCUGCAGAUCCUGUCAAGCUCUGUCAGAUUGGAUGGGGAGCAUCGCAGCACAGCUAUUUUCAGGUCCCUCCAAAGAUGUUUGAUCGGGUUCAAGUCCACGCUCUGGCUGGACCACUCAAGGACAUUCAGAGACUUGUCCCGAAGCCACUCCUGCGUUGUCUUGGCUGCGUGCUUAGGGUCGUUAUCCUGUUGGAAGGUGAACCUUCGCCCCAGUCUGAGGUCCUGAGCGCUCUGGAGCAGGUUUUCAUCAAGGAUCUCUCUGUACUUUGCUCUGUUCAUCUUUACCUCGAUCCUGACAAGUCUCCCAGUCCCAGCUACUGAAAAACAUCCCCACAGCAUGAUGCUGCCACCACCAUGCUUGACCGUAGGGAUGGUGCCAAGUUUCCUCCAGACGUGAAGCUUGGCUUUCAGGCCAAAGAUUUCAAUCUUGGUUUCAUCAGACCAGAGAAUCUUGUUUCUCAUGGUCUGAGAGUCCAUUAGGUGCCUUUUGGCAAACUCCAAGCGGGCUGUCAUGUGCCUUUUACUGAGGAGUGGCUUCCAUCUGGCCACUCUACCAUAAAGGCCUGAUUGGUGGAGUGCUGCAGAGAUGGUUGUUCUUCUGGAAGGUUCUCUCAUCUCCACAGAGGAACUCUAGAGCUCUGUCAGAAUGACCACCUCCCUGACCAAGGCCCUUCUCCCCCGAUUGCUCAGUUUGGCCGGGCGGCCAGCUCUAGGAAGCGUCUUGGUGGUUCCAAACUUCUUCCAUUUAAGAAUGAUGGAUGCCACUGUGUUCUUGGGGACCUUCAAUACAGCAGAAAUGUUUUGGUAUCCCCAGAUCUGUGCCUCAACACAAUCCUGUCUCUGAGCUCUACGGACAAUUCCUUCGACCUCAUGGCUUGGUUUCUGUUCUGAUAUGCACUGUCAACUGUGGGACCUUUAUAUAGACAGGUGUGUGCCUUUCCAAAUCAUGUCCAAUCAAUUGAAUGUACCACAGAUGGACUCCAAUCAAGUUGUAAAAACAGAAUGCGCCUGAGCUCAAUUUCGAGUCUCAUAGCAAAAGGACUGAAUACUUAUGUAAUAAGGUAUUUAUUUUGUAUUUUUAAUAAAUGUGCCAACAUUUAUAAAAACCUGUUUUCUCUUUGUCAUUAUGGGGUAUUGUGUGUAGAUCGAUGAGAGAAAAAAAGAUUUAAUCAAUUUUAGAAUAAGGCUGUAACGUAACAAAAUGUGGAAAAAGGGAAGUGGUCUAAAUACUUUCCGAAUGCACUGUAUUUGUAUUUAUUAUGGAUCCCCAUUAGCUGCUGCCAAGGUAGCAGCUACUCUUCCUGGGGUCCAACACAUUAAAGCACUUACAUUACAUAUAAAACAAAAGAUAAAACAGUAAAUCAUAUAACAUUAUUACACCACUACAUAUCUACAAUACAAAAUGUAUAAUACCACCAUACAACAGUAUUACAAUGUAUGCGUGUGUCUGUACCUUUUGUGUGUCUCUUCACAGUCCCCGCUGUUCCAUAAGGUGUAUUUUUACCUGUUUUUAAAAUCUGAUUCUACUUCUUGCAUCAGUUACCUGAUGUGGAAUAUAGUUCCAUGUAGUCAUGGCUCUAUGUAGUACUGUGCGCCUCCCAUAGUCUGUUCUGGACUUGGGGAUUGUGAAGAGACCUCUGGUGGAAUGUCUUUUGGAGUAUGCAUGGGUGUCCGAGCUGUGUGCUAGUAGUUUAAACAGACAGCUUGGUACAUUCAGCUUGUCAACACUUCUUACAAAAACAAGUAGUGAUGACGUCAAUCAGUUUACAAUCCAGGGUUACUCCAAGCAGUUUAGUUACCUCAACUUGCUACAUUUCCCCAUUAUUCAUUACGAAAUGUAGUUGAGGUUUAGGGUUUAGUGAAUGAUUUGUCCCAAUUACAAUGCUUUUAGUUUUGGAAAUAUUUAGGACUAACUUAUUUCUUGCCACCCAUUCUGAAACUAACUGCAGCUCUUUGUUAAAUGUUGCAGUCAUUUUCAGUUGCUGUAGUAGCUGACGUGUAUAGUGUUGAGUCAUCUGCAUACAUAGACACACUGGCGUUACUUAAAGCUAGUGGCAUGUCGUUAGUAAAGAUUGAAAAAAGUAAGGGGCCUAAACAGCUAACCUGGGGAAUUCCUGAUUCUACCUGGAUUAUGUUGGAGAGGCUUCCAUUAAAUGACACCCUCUGUGUUCUGUUAGACAAGUAACUCUUUAUCCACAGUAUAGCAGUGCGUGUAAAGCCAUAACACAUGCGUUUUUUCCAGCAGCAGACUAUGAUCGAUAAUGUCAAAAGCUGCACUGAAGUCUAACAAAACAGCUCCCACAAUCUUUUCAUCAUCAAUUUCUCUCAGCCAAUCAUCAGUCAUUUUUGUAAGUGCCGUGCUUGUUGAAUGUCCUUCCCUAUAAGCGUGAUGAAAGUCUGUCAAUUUGUUUACUGUAAAAUAGCAUUGUAUCUGGUCAAACACCAUUUUUUCCAGAAGUUUACUAAGGGUUGGUAACAGGCUGAUUGGUCGGCUAUUUGAACCAGUAAAGGAGGCUUUACUAUUCUUGGGUAGCAGAAUGACUUUUGCUUCCCUCCAGGCCUGAGGGCACACACUUUGUAGUAGGCUUAAAUUGAAGAUAUGGCAAAUAGGAGUGGCAAUAUCGUCCGCUAUUAUCCUCAGUAAUUUUCCAUCCAGAUUGUCAGACCCCGGUGGCUUGUCAUUGUUGAUAGACAACAAUAAUUGUUUCACCUCUUCCACACUCAUUUUACGGAGUACAAUGCUUAUCUUUCAUAAUUUGGUCAGAUAUACUUGUAGUGUCAGCGUUUGUUGCUGCCAUGUCAUGCCUUAGUUUGCUUAUCUUGCCAAUGAAAAAGUCAUUAAAGUAGUUCAAAUCAAAUCAAAUCAAAUUUUAUUGGUCACAUGCGCCGAAUACAACAGGUGCAGACAUUGCAGUGAAAUGCUUACUUACAGCCCUUAACCAACAGUGCAUUUAUUUUAAACAAAAAAAGUAAGAAUAAAACAACAACAACAAAAAAGUGUUGAGAAAAAAAGAGCAGAAGUAAAAUAAAGUGACAGUAGGGAGGCUAUAUAUACAGUAAAAUAAAGUGACAGUAGGGAGGCUAUAUAUACAGGGGGGUACCGUUGCAGAGUCAAUGUGCGGGGGCACCGGCUAGUUGAGGUAAUAUGUACAUGUGGGUAGAGUUAAAGUGACUAUGCAUAAAUACUUAACAGAGUAGCAGCAGCGUAAAAAGGAUGGGGUGGGGGGGCAGUGCAAAUAGUCCGGGUAGCCAUUAUUAGCUGUUCAGGAGUCUUAUGGCUUGGGGGUAGAAGCUGUUGAGAAGUCUUUUGGACCUAGACUUGGCACUCCGGUACCGCUUGCCGUGCGGUAGCAGAGAGAACAGUCUAUGACUAGGGUGGCUGGAGUCUUUGACAAUUUUGAGGGCCUUCCUCUGACACCGCCUGGUAUAGAGGUCCUGGAUGGCAGGGAGCUUUGCCCCAGUGAUGUACUGGGCCGUACGCACUACCCUCUGUAGUGCCUUGCGGUCAGAGGCCAAGCAGUUGCCAUACCAGGCGGUGAUGCAACCAGUCAGGAUGCUCUCGAUGGUGCAGCUGUAGAUUUUUUUGAGGAUCUGAGGACCCAUGCCAUAUCUUUUUAGUCUCCUGAGGGGAAAUAGGCUUUGUCGUGCCCUCUUCACGACUGUCUUGGUGUGUUUGGACCAUGAUAGUUCGUUGGUGAUGUGGACACCAAGGAACUUGAAGCUCUCAACCUGUUCCACUACAGCCCCGUCAAUGAGAAUGGGGGCGUGCUCAGUCCUCUUUUUUUUCCUGUAGUCCACAAUCAUCUCCUUUGUCUUGGUCACGUUGAGGGAGAGGUUGUUGUCCUGGCACCACACGGCCAGAUCUCUGACGACCUCCCUAUAGGCUGUCUCAUCGUUGUCGGUGAUCAGGCCUACCACUGUUGUGUCGUCGGCAAACUUAAUGAUGGUGUUGGAGUCGUGCCUGGCCAUGCAGUCAUGGGUGAACAGAGAGUACAGGAGGGGACUGAGCACGCACCCCUGAGGGGCCCCCGUGUUGAGGAUCAGUGUGGCAGAUGUGUUGUUACCUACCCUUACCACCUGGGGGCGGCCCGUCAGGAAGUCCAGGAUCCAGUUGCAGAGGGAGGUGUUUAGUCCCAGGAUCCUUAGCUUAGUGAUGAGCUUAGAGGGCACUAUGGUGUUGAAUGCUGAGCUGUAGUCAAUGAAUAGCAUUCUCACGUAGGUGUUCCUCUUGUCCAGGUGGGAAAGGGCAGUGUGGAGUGCGAUAGAGAUUGCAUCAUCUGUGGAUCUGUUGGGGCGGUAUGCAAAUUGGAGUGGGUCUAGGGUUUCUGGGAUUAUGCUGUUGAUGUGAGCCAUGACCAGUCUUUCAAAGCACUUCAUGGCUACAGACGUCAGUGCUACGGGUCGGUAGUCAUUUAGGCAGGUUAUCUUAGAGUUCUUGGGCACGGGGACUAUGGUGGUCUGCUUGAAACAUGUUGGUAUUGCAGACUCAGUCAGGGACAUGUUGAAAAUGUCAGUGAAGACACUUGCCAGUUGGUCAGCACAUGCUCGGAGUACACGUCCUGGUAAUCCGUCUGGCCCUGCGGCCUUGUGAAUGUUGACCUGCUUAAAAGUCUUACUCACAUCGGCUACGGAGAGCGUGAUCACAUAGUCGUCCGGAACAGCUGGUGCUCUCCUGCAUGCUUCAGUGUUGCUUGCCUCGAAGCGAGCAUAGAAGUGGUUUAGCUCGUCUGGCAAUAUCAGUGGGUUUUGUGAUGGAGCCGAGUUUGCUUUUUUCCCCCAGAAUUUCAUUUAAGGUGCUCCAAAGCUUUUUACUAUAAUUCUUUAUAUGAUUUAUUUUUGUUUCGUAGUAUGGUUUCCUUUUAUUUAGUUUAGUCACAUGAUUUCUUAGUUUGCAGUACGUUUGCCAAUCGAUUGGGCUGCCAGACUUAUUUUCCAUACCUUUUGCCUCAUCCUUCUCAACCAUACAAUUUUUCAAUUCCUCAUCAAUCCAAGGGGAUUUAACAGUUUUUACAGUCAUUUUCUUAAUGGGUGCAUGCUUAUUAGUAACUGGAAUAAGCAAUUUCCUAAAUGUGUCAAGUGCAGCGUCUGGUUGCUCCUCAUUACACACCACAGACCAGCAAAUCAUCAACAUAAGAAUCACUACAAAACUUAUUGUAUGACCUCUUAUACACUAUAUUAGGCCCAGCCUCCUAGAUAUGGCUACUAUAUUGUGAUCACUACUGCUUUAAAGCAACUUUCUGCAGCAUUAGUAAAGAUCUGAUCAAUACAUGUUGAUGAUUUCAUUCCUGUGCUAUUUGUAACUACCCUGGUAGGUUGACUGACAUCCUGAACCAGGUUGCAGGCACUGGUUACAGUUUGAAGUUUUUUCUUGAGUAGGCAGCUUGAUGAAAGCCAGUCAAUAUUUAAAUCACCCAGAAAAUAUACUUCUCUGUUGAUAUCACGUACAUUAUCAAGCAUUUCACACAUAUUAUCCAGAUACUGACUGUUAGCACUUGGUGGUCUAUAGUAGCUUCCCACAAGAAUGUGCUUUAGGUGAGGCAGAUGAACCUGUAGCCAUAUUACUUCAACAUUAUUUAACAUGAGAUCCUCUCUAAGCUUUACAGGAAUGUGGUUCUGAAUAUAGACUGCAACACCACAACCGUUGGCAUUUCUGUCUUUUCGGUAGAUGUUAUAGCCAUGUAUUGCUACCACUGUAUCAUCAAAGGUAUUAUCUAAGUGAGUUUCAGAGAUUUUCAGAAUAUGAAUGUAAUCUGUUACAAGAAAGUUAUUGACUUCAUUAACCUUGUUUCUUAUGUAAAUAUGUUAAUAUGGACUAUUUUUAGCACAUUUCUGGGUUGCUUUAUUGUUUUUAAUGCUUUACUGAGAAGCUUAUCAGAAGUAGACUGUUAUUUAUAUUGGAGCUGAUAGUGCACAGUGAGCUGCACACAGUGGAAUUCCUACUAGGGCACACCGCCUCAGUGCUAACAUUGUAACUGGUUCAUAGGCACAUGAUUACUACAUACAAUAGCUGUAGGAUCAACUGAUGUAUUCAGGGCAGUUAGUAAAAUUAAUUUACUUACAUUGUGUCUGCCAAUGCCCCUGGGAUAAUGUAUCUUAUGCAGCAUUAUGACAACUCAUUGUCACAAUGGUAGGGAUUAACUGAGCUGGUCUUGGGUCAUUGAGAAGUCAUUAACGCAGCCUUGAAAUGUGUUAAGAGUCCAGGAGCCAAGAUGAUUUGAAUGGACUCCAUCAUUCCUGUAGAGUAUCUUCUGUUUCCAGAAGCUGUCAAAUGUAUCUAUAAAAGGGAUUCCAACAGAGCUACAGUAAUAUUUUAGCCAGAUGUGUAAUGCAAGUAGCCUGCUGAAUCUUUCACACCCGUGGCCCAACGAUGGUACCGGACCUGAAAUGAUUGGACGCUUUUUGGAAUCUUUCAAUGCUAGAAUCAGUUCUUUAAAAUACAUUUUCAGAAGUUCAGAGCUAGCCCUCCUGAUGUCGUUUCACCCCAGAUGGACUACGACAGCGUCAGCUCCCGGCAUCGGUCGUAGAAUGGUCGGAAGCAGCCUUGUAAUGUCCUGUACUCGUGCUCCUUGGUAGCACAGGGUUUUUGCACUGGGAACCGAGAUGUUUCUCACCAUAGAGCUGCCGACGAUGACAGCUGGUGAAACAGCCAGGGAGGUCCGGCCGUUCUUUCGCCUCGAGGGGUUUAAAAGACCUCUCGAGGACUGAAGGGCGGUGGGGCCCGAUGGACCAGAGCCGGCUGUAGUAUAUGUGGUAGAGACCCCUGGGCUGGAGACAGGGUAGAGAAUGAAGGACCAUGAAUCUCUGGAAGCAGGUGGGCGAAACUGUUGGUCAGCAGGAUGGGAUCCCCAAAGCCAUUUUAGCCCCAUUCACCAAAAACCGCUGCCUUGUGCUGGGCUUACGGUGUGUGACGUGCCUCCACUGAGAUGCAGGAUCUAUAACUGUGGCAUCCGCCAGCUCCUCAUAAAGCGUCCUUGCUCCUUUAUUCUCUGAGGGGGGGCCGGGAUGGGAGGUCGGGGUAGGAUGGGGAGGGCAGGUGAGAUGGGAGGGGAGAGGUGACUGCAGGGCAGUUCUGGCCAGUCAGUCAGAGAGUGGCAACAUGGUGGCGAGGCAGUGGCACGACGACCAGGCUGAGGAGUAAAAAAGGAAAAGGUCUUAGUGGGACCUAUCCAGGAUAUGCUGCAAUGUCUCAAUUUGCUUACUCUGGACGUCCAGCUCAGAUAUAUAUUCCUCAAUAAGCUGACAGUUUCCACAUUGGAAAUAUGUCCAGACACUAUUAUCCCGGAACUGUGAAAAGUAGGUGCAGCUCCUACAUGGGAUGAAACGUUCACCGUAGUCUCUGAAGGUGGUUGCUGCCAAUCUGGAAAAAAGUAAGUUUCCCCUUAUGGCGGAAAGUGGUAGACACAAUUUUGUUAAAAUCCACGCAAAUAAAAUAGGUUGUUGAGGAAUCAGCUAAAAGUCAAUCAAUCCACACAGUGUGAUAGUCAGAUUGAAUCACACAGUUUGUAGGAUCACCACAGUCAUAGGCAGCAAGCCAGAACCCAACCACAGGCUAGAAACCAGCCAGCAGUAGGACCCACAAUAAACACAACCAAGGCACAAAACUCGCCAGCAUAAAAACAGCAAGGAGAGAGCGGUGACUUACUCAAUGCGUUUGAAUGCUGGGGCCCAUCAGCAACGUAAUGGAGGCCGUGUUCCCAGUACGAUAGCCAAGAGAGAAGCACCUUGGAGGGGAUGUAGUUUCCAGUACAGGUUGGUGGAAAGCCGGGAGGGUGGCAAGCGCUACACCGGGACACGAGAGUCGAAAAGAGUAAAGUUUGGCAGUAGUCCAAAAACAUCCCAGGCACAAUGUCAAAUGGAAGGAUGGAAGCAGCAGUAGGCAGGUGUCUGUAUAGUGUAUCUGUGCUUUUGGUUUGUGGGCGCUACUUUCAGAACUACUGGCUAAAAAGUAUACAAAAGUACUGGAUAUUCCCUUGAACCUAUCCUAUAUGAAAGGACACAAGUAGAGGGCAAGACUGCACAGCCUCCCCUUGAGAAACCAAAUCGAAUAUGUCUAACAGGAGCUCAAACAGGUACAUAUAAGCACUUGGCCCCUCCCAGGACCAUACAAUUACCCAAUUGGCAAUUACAACCAAUAAACUGCUUCUACAAUGUAAAAGGCAAUUUCCACAUCCAUUGUUAAAAUCAGAAUUUAAUGAUUAUGAAUUAUAUUUCAUCACCAUACAUAAAUGGAACAAACAAUUUUCUCUCAUUCAAUGUACUGACUCCAAAGCGUGCACGCUUCUAUUAUGCACAACUAGAAUGACAAAGACAUAGGACACAGACACAAGGAACUCCAACAUAACCCCGGAAAUAUGAACAAAGGAAACCAUACAUUGAAUUAAAUAAACAGAACUUCUACCUCAUGAGUCUUGCGAACGUUCAUGUGCACAAUAAACAUUGCGCCCACUCAGAGGUUAAGACAUGGGGCUAAAUUAAAAUGUAUCAAAACAUGAAACAGAAAUGUCUAAGGGUUGCAAUAAACAGUAUGGGGAUGGAAUGAUGAAACGCUAACAUUAGCAAUUAUUGUAGGAUUAGAUGGAAUAUAGAUUUAGCACAUAUGUAUUUAAAGGUGUGAAAGCAACAUCAAACAUUUCAACAACAGAACAAGCGCUCCCAACUGGCCACUGGCGGGAGUUUGGAGAGCGCAAGUACGUCUAUGGUGCGUCUUCGCCACAGUAAUAAUUAAUUUUAACAGCAAAUUCCAAAUGCAAGCUUCAUAAGUAAAUUAUUAAUUUCAAACAAUUUUGACAAAAGACCAGUAGGCCUAUGCAAGUAAUUGUUACUUGAUGCCCCAUUGCUGGUGAGCUUGCAAAGUAGGCCUAAACAGUAGUGAUGUUACGUUUGAUAAUGGAGCCCAGAGGCAUGCGUCGAAAUCGCAAAACAGCUAAUGCCACGUUCACAUACUAGUCGGAACUAGGAAACUCGGAAAUGUGCGACUUGCUGAUUCGUUGAACGCGGCACCUAUAUAACUAAAACCAGUUAGCAAGUCGGAAAUGUCAGUUUCCUAUUUCUGACUAGCUCUUGAACGUUGCAUAUCCUCAAAGCUGUAUACUGAUGCGUGUAUCACUUGACGUCCGAAACUUCGAUUGAUCACGAGAUAUCCACAGGAAAGUAUAAUUACAUCAGGUUUUCAAAGCGCUGGUAGUGCAUUCAGAUUUCUAUCACCUGAAGCAAGCGCACAAGGUAAAAAUACAUGCACGAGAUGCAUGCAUACUUGCCGAGCUUGUGUACGUGUUUACAUGGUUCUGCGCAUGCCUAAAGUGAUAUAAAUCUGAAUGCACUACCAGUGCUUUGAAAAGUUUAUGUAAUUAUACUUUCCUGUGGAUAUAUUGUCUCACAUUCCUACCACCAAAAGGACCAACCGCAUUGACAACCGUUAAAGUGCGUUAAAAUAUAAUUGUAUUCAAAAUUAUGUCUUGUAAAGGUUGUGAUAGGAAACUUUCCUGAUUCAAACGUUCAUUUCUGCCCGACGUAGAAUUCAAUGCCAUUCAACUUCGGGUUUCCAGGCAACCCAGUAGCCUGUGCUUUCUUGUAGUUUGUACAUCCAGGUACUGAGCACCACACCAUGACUAAAAUGUACAGUUGUUGUCGACACUAAAAUAAAAUAGUUAUUCGCAAGCUGAUGUUCUAUGAAUGAGUGGCUGGUCCGGUGAGUUAGCUAUCUGUUGACACCCAUUCUCAACUGGAUCCACCUCGACAGGGGCGGUACCACAUCCUGAAGUCGCAAUGAAUUGUGGUUUGCUUACAACCAGGAGAUGUAGAUGGCCCGUUUCUACCGGUGAGAUGCAGAAAGGCUCGUAUUUGCGUAUAGUGAGGAAAUUCUUGAUUUUUAUGACACAUGUUAAUAACAUAUUAGUGGACAUAUACAGUGAAAGAGCAACGGUAAAAAUGUCCCUUAACAGAACUUUGCCUACUGACUAAUAAUGAAUUAUAUCAGAAUAGAGAGACUGAAAACAAUAAUUGUUAAAAUAUGGAGAGUCAGUGUACAAAACAUUAGGAACACCUUCCUAAUAUUGAGUUGCACCCCCUUUUGCCCUCAGAACAGCCUCAAUUCAUCAGGCCAUGGACUCUACUAGUUGUCAAAAGCGUUCCACAGGGAUGCUGGCCCAUGUUGACUCCAAUGCUUCCCACAGUUGUACCAAGUUGGCUGGAUGUCCUUUGGGUGGUGGACUAUUCUUGAUGCACAUGGGAAACUGUUUAGCAUGAAACCUUGCAGCAUUGCAGUUCUUGACACACUCAAACCGGUGUGCCUGGCACCUACUACCAUACCCCGUUCAAAGGCACUUAAAUAUUUUGUUUUGCCCAUUCACUCUCUGAAUGGCACACAUACACAAUCCAUGUCUCAAGACUUAAAAAUCAUUUGACGUGUCUCCUCCCCUUCAUCUACACUGAUUGAAGUGGAUUUGACAGGUGACAUCAAUAGGGGAUAAUAGCUUUCACCUGGUCAGUCUGUCAUGGAAAGUUCCUUAUGUUUUGUACACAUGUAAAUGUCUCGAUCUGAGUUGACUUUUUUUUUUUUUUUAACCAAAUGUAUGUUUUUUUCUUUUCUCUCUGCUGUGAUAUAAUUCGAAAGAUCUUCUUUAAACCAUAUUAUAAUCCCUCCUGAACCUCAGCCACAUUUUACAUGUGGAUGUUUCACUUAAGGUACAGUAAACUCCCUAUAAUUUUUGGGAGAGGAUGUUUUCUAAAUCUCCUCGACUCGCUGUUUCUAGAGGUAUAAUAAUGUCUGAACUAUAUACAGUAUCUACAAAGUCUGUGUCUGGGCUUUUAAUACCAAAGGUUGAAGAGCACAAACCCUGCAUGUUAUAGCAGCUUAUACUUAAGGAUGCUAUGUUUCAAAUGUUCCUUUAGGACAUGUUCUCUCUCUCUCGCUCUCACUCUUCUCUCCUCUCCUCUUAGUGGAUGGAAGCCACCCCAUCUUGUCCAGCUCAGUGGUACUUACCACUGGCACUUUCCUGUCCGGCUCCCUCUUCAUGGGCCAAACCACCUCUCCCGGGGGGAGGAUGGGGGACGCCCCAUCAUGUGCCAGACUUUCAUACACACUGAAAGAGACAUUGGGGUUGAGGGUGGGUCGGCUGAGGACUGGCACACCCCCUCGGAUAGUGAAGGAGUCCGUAGACCUGUCCUUGGCUCAGAUCCAAGCCCCGGACAAACAGCCCACUCCCUUCAGUUUUCUCAACACGCACACCCGCUGCAAGGUAAAAACAACAAAUGAGUACAAAGAAAAACUACAACUGCCAAUAUGCCAACAUAAAACAUUACACCCGGCAAAUAUUGUUUUUGGGUUAUGAUAAGGUAAAGAAGUAAUACUAAGCGAUUUCAGGUAUUUCUAAAUCUUAUUCUUCAAAAACCACUGGUCAAGACAUAAUUAUAGACAAAAUGUUGCAAAUGCACCUUAAAUUCUCUAGAAACUGGCUGUGAUGCUGAUAUGCUAUUUGUCCAUGCUAUGCCCUGUAGCCAGAAGAGCAGCUCCCCUGCUAUCUGACCCACACCACUCCUGGAGUGGAGACAGUGGUCAGGGAGAGUGUCCACCUCAACUGUCACAUACAGCAGGACACCAAAGGUCCCAGGUACAGACACACGCAGACAGAGACACACACUCACCCACACACUGCACACACUACUUUAAACACUGCAUUUUGUCUUUCCUCCUCUUAGAUACUGUCCCUCCAUCGAGUCGCGGGUGCUGCGGUUUCCGGGGCGACGGCACCAGGUGUGGCUGGAGCCGGAAGGUUUGACCUCUGACCUGUUGUACCCCCAGGGCCUGUCCAUGACCAUGCCCCCUGACCUGCAGCUCCGCCUCCUUAGGGAGAUCCCCGCCUUGCACCGAGCUGAGAUCCGCACUCCUGGUACGCAGCCCUAUAUACAGACACCCACUCUGGGUCCCAAUAAUCUGUCCUUUCUCCUGAAGUGUUCACUUCCAAUCCAAUGAGUGAGUGGGAGGAGUGCACACAGAAAAAUGGUAUGCAGAAUCUCAGGUCAACCUAUCCCCUACCCCUUGACAUUUAUGCACCUUCCUAGAUCUGAAAGAAUUGGAUGGGCAUAAACAAUAUAGUAAUAGCUCCACCUAGCUAGCCUUCCUGUAUGCUAAGUGGGAUUUUUGCCAUUUUACUUAUACCCAUCCAGUUCUUUCAAAUCUAUGAGGAGGAAUCCAGAAGAUAACUAACUGUUAAACUUUCAAUCAGAUUUAAGCGCACCUGUUCAGCUCUACUGUUGUAGUUGUUUUGUUAGAUCAAGUUAGUCACAGUUAUCAUCAACUCAGUUGUCAGAGCACCUUACCGAUCACUGCACCUGUACACAGCCCAUCUGAAAUUAGCCCGCCCAACUACCUCAUCCCUAUAUUGUUAUUUAUUUUGCUCAUUUGUACCCCAGUAUCUCUAUUUGCACAUCAUCUCUUGCACAUCUAUCAUUCCAGUGUUAAUACUAAUUGUAAUUAUUUUGCACUAUAGCCUAUUUAUUGCCUUACCUCCAUAACUUGCUACAUUUGCACACACUGUAUAUAUAUUUAUUUCUGUUGUAUUUUUGACUUUGUUUUGUUUUACCCCAUAUGUAACUCUGUGUUGUUGUUUUUAUCGCACUGCUUUGCUUUAUCUUGGCCAGGUCGCAGUUGUAAAUGAGAACUUGUUCUCAACUGGUUUACCUGGUUAAAUAAAGGUGAAAUAAUAAAAAAUAAAAAUAAAACUUAAUUGACCUAAACAUGUUUUAGUUCACUGCCUACAACUACAUUAGCACACUCCGGGGUGUGUCAUUGUGGGUGUUUUGGAGAGACUACACUAUAGUUGGACUGCGCAGAACCACUGAUCUACAAAUCACCUUGCAUCCCAAUUAACUACUCAUUAUUAUGUGAAAUUACUAAAAUGAUUAGAGAUUCUGCGUCUCACCUUGCUCAAACUGAUUCCCUCAAACACUCCGAUUAUAACCUCCCUCCUUAUCUCUCUGGAUUCCAGGUUACGGGGUGCAGUACGACUUUGUGUGCCCCACCCAGCUGACCCCGUCUCUGCAGGUGAAGAGCACUCAGGGGCUCUUCCUCGCGGGUCAAAUCAACGGCACCACGGGCUACGAGGAAGCGGCCGCACAAGUAGGGGUUAAAUUUCUUCUAAUCUGGGAACUGGGACACCAGGGUCGUGUCAUUAGGGCACGUAAGGGAAAAUGUUUUGAAACUUUUUGCAACUAAAAUGUGCAUUUCUUAUUGGGCAAGUCCAGGUAGUCCCUCCCUGUUUUAGUAUUUUCUUCCAUUUGGUGCCUAGUAAACACAACCCAGGUGUGUGGACUCUCUGGCCAACAAAUGGUGACAUUAUCAGAAAAGAAAACCAGCAGCACUCUAGGACUGAAGGCUGGUAGCAGAAUAGCCAUUUUACAUGUUUAACAUUUUGGUCAUUUAGCAGACGCGCUUAUCCAAAGCAACUAACGGUACAGUGAGUGCAUACAUUUUUUGUAUAUGAUCACUGUGGGACUUAAACUCACAACCUUGGCAAUGAUACCGGCCGUUCGCCACACUCUUACCAACUGACCCACACAGGACCCUACAAUAUAUGCUACAACAAACCCCUUUCUCUCCUCACUCUCCAGGGCUUGUGGGCGGGGGUGAAUGCUGGUCGGACGGCCCUCUCCCUGCCGCCCAUGGCGCUGUCUCGUACCCAGAGCUACAUCGGGGUGCUGAUCGAUGACUUGGUGGGCCGAGGGGUGACAGAACCUUACCGCAUGUUCACCAGCCGCGCCGAGUUCAGAACCUCCCUCAGGCCCGACAACGCAGACCUCCGUCUCACCCCCAGAGGUACCAUAAUGUGUGUGUGUCUGACAUUACCCAACUACUGGGUGCACUUGUUUUGGCUUACAUAGGGCCCCGGUUGGGUGGAGUUAGCAUAUUUUAGACCAUUCUAUUGGCCCCAAAGGGACAUCUCCACCCACCCGGUCACUGGGGGAGCUAAAACAAACGCCAACUGGAGGAAUUAUAAGAUAUAUUGCAUCUCUGGCCAUGUUCGACUGACCACAGACUGAGCAAACUUAAAGUCACCAACUGCAAUGUAGUCAAUCUCAAAAUGCCUUGUCAGACUUUGUGGAUUAAUAAUAUUUUAUGACCUUUAACCCGGUCUGCAAGGGUUUGAGGAGGUGGGCUGUGUGACUUUGCGGCGGUACGAGAAGGCGGUAAGGGUGAGGGACGGCCUCCAGGAAGCCCUGAUGGCCCUGCAGUCCGUGGCUCUAUCCUCCACCCGCUGGAGAGAGAAGCUGGGUAACAUCAGCCUGAGUGAGAACAAGAGCGCCACCUUGAAGUGAGUAGGAAGUGGUUCAGUGGUGGGUGGUUCAGCAUGCAUUUACUGGGGUGCACUCAGCAGGAAACAAUGUUGUUGGACGUUCAGAUAGAAAUAUACAGUGCAUUUGGAAAGUAUUCAGACCCAUUGACUUUUUCCACAUUUAGUUACAUUACAGCCUUAUUCUUAAAUGGAUUACAUGUAUUUUUUUUUUGGAGGUUCCAAACUUCUUCCAAUCAAGUUGUAGAAACAUCAAGGAUGAUCAAUGGAAACAGGAUGCACCUGACCUCAAUUUCGAGUCUCAUAGAAAAGGGUCUGAAUACUUAUGUAAUACAUCUGCAAAAAUUUCUAAAAACCUGUUUUCGCUUUGUCAUUAUGGGCUAUUGUGUGUAGAUUGAGGACAUGUCUCUCUGCAACAUUCAGCAAGGUUUGCCUACUGAAUGUGGCCAUGACUUUCUAUUGUUCUAUGUAUGGGAACAGUAUCUUUCAAACACAUCCUUAUCUGGUAUUUGUGUACACACACAGGUUGUCAAAAGAGUAUUGUCUGUUUCAGAAUGUGGAGUCACUAACAACACUGCAACCUAUGAGAAAGUGAAUGCUUACUACAUUUUCAAAAUUCCUUUCUAUUGUUUAAUCAAGCAGAGGUGUAUAUAGUCUGCUCAUCAUUAACUUUUACUAUACCAUUUAUCUUUCUCUCUCAGUGGUUUGGAUCUGUUGCAAUACAAAGAUGUGUCCUUUGACAUGUUGGCCUCUGCCUUCCCAGAGUGCCUUUCACCAUAUUUUGAGUACUCACAACGACUCAAGAUUGAAGGUAACUGCUCUUUUUAAGUCUCAAGCAGUCUGCGUCUGAAAUGGCAGUCUAUUCCCUACAUAGUGCACUGCUUUUGUGGCUCUGGUCAAAGGUAGUGCACAAUAUAGGGAAUAGGGUGCCAUUUCAGACACGCACUCAGUUUAGUCUGUUAAACUUUACUUUAAAACAGUACUGAACCCUCUGCCACGUGGCUUUCAGCUGUGUACAGACCCCACUGCGAGAAGCAGAGUCGAGAGAUGGAGAGAAUACGGAGGGAGGAAAGUCUGACUCUCCCCUCUGACAUGGACUACCUCUCCUUACCAGUGUCCCUCUCUCAGGAGGUCAGAGAGAUACUGGACCGAGUCAGGCCCAACACUGUGAGUCUCAGUAAAACUACAACAUAAACCAUCAGUAAAGUCAUAUCGUAAAAAAAUAUAAUCACGACAACUGAUGGAAACAGGAAGUUUCUGUAACAAUUUUAUAAAUACCGACAGAUAAUGUGUUUGUUUGACAUGCUGGGAUAUUUUUGUGUCGGUAAAAUGAAUUAUGCUGGAAAUGGUGGUGGAAACAUAUACAAUUGUAUUUGUCACAUGCGCUGAAUACAGCAGGUGUUGACCUUACCUUGAAAUGCUUACUUACGAGCCCUUAACCAACAAUGCAGAGUUAAAAAAUUAUAAAAAUGUGCUAAAUAAACUAAAGGAAAAAUAGUAACACAAUAAAAUAACAAUAACAAGGUUAUAUACACUGCUCAAAAAAAUAAAGGGAACACUUAAACAACACAUCCUAGAUCUGAAUGAAUGAAAUAAUUUCUUUACAUAGUUGAAUGUGCUGACAACAAAAUCACACAAAAAUGAUCACACAAAAGUGGUCCUCUGUAGCUCAGCUGGUAGAGCACGGCGCUUGUAACGCCAAGGUAGUGGGUUCGAUCCCCGGGACCACCCAUACACAAAAAAAAAAUAUGUAUGCACGCAUGACUGUAAGUCGCUUUGGAUAAAAGCGUCUGCUAAAUGGCAUAUUAUUAUUAUUAUAUUAUUAUUAUGUCCCAGAUGUGCUCAAUUGGAUUCAGGUCUGGGGAACGGGCGGGCCAGUCCAUAGCAUCAAUGCCUUCCUCUUGCAGGAACUGCUGACACACUCCAGCCAUAUGAGGUCUAGCAUUGUCUUGCAUUAGGAGGAACCCAGGGCCAACCGCACCAGCAUAUGGUCUCACAAGGGCUCUGAGGAUCUCAUCUCGGUACCUAAUGGCAGUCAGGCUACCUCUGGCGAGCACAUGGAGGGCUGUGCGGCCCUCCAAAGAAAUGCCAACCCACACCAUGACUGACCCACCGCCAAACCGGUCAUGCUGGAGGAUGUUGCAGGCAGCAGAACGUUCUCCACGGCGUCUCCAGACUCUGUCACGUCUGUCACAUGUGCUCAGUGUGAACCUGCUUUCAUCUGUGAAGAGCACAGGGCGCCAGUGGCGAAUUUGUCAAUCUUGGUGUUCUCUGGCAAAUGCCAAACGUCCUGCACGGUGUUGGGCUGUAAGCACAACCCCCACCUGUGGACGUCGGGCCCUCAUACCACCCUCAUGGAGUCUGUUUCUGACCGUUUGAGCAGACACAUGCACAUUUGUGGCCUGCUGGAGGUCAUUUUGCAGGGCUCUGGCAGUGCAGUCCUCCUGCUCCUCCUUGCACAAAGGCGGAGGUAGCGAUCCUGCUGCUGGGUUGUUGCCCUCCUACGGCCUCCUCCACAUCUCCUGAUGUACUGGCCUGUCUCCUGGUAGCGCCUCCAUGCUCUGGACACUACGCUGACAGACACAGCAAACCUUCUUGCCACAGCUCGCAUUGAUGUGCCAUCCUGGAUGAGCUGCACUACCUGAGCCACUUGUGUGGGUUGUAGACUCCGUCUCAUGCUACCACUAGAGUGAAAGCACCGCCAGCAUUCAAAAGUGACCAAAACAUCAGCCAGGAAGCAUAGGAACUGAGAAGUGGUCUGUGGUCACCACCUGCAGAACCACUUCUUUAUUGGUGGUGUCUUGCUAAUUGCCUAUAAUUUCCACCUGUUGUCUAUUCCAUUUGCACAACAGCAUGUGAAAUGUAUUGUCAAUCAGUGUUGCUUCCUAAGUGGACAGUUUGAUUUCACAGAAGUGUGAUUGACUUGGAGUUACAUUGUGUUGUUUAAGUGUUCCCUUUAUUGUGGGUUCGUUUCCCAGGGGGGGCCAGUAUAAAAUAUAUAUAUAUAUAUGUAUUCACUAACUGUAAGUCGCUCUGGAUAAGAGCGUCUGCUAAAUGACUAAAAUGUAAAUGUAAAUGUAAAUUUUUUUGAGCAGUGUACAAGGAGUACCGGUACCGAGUCAAUGUGCAGGGGUACGGGUUAGUUGAGAAAAUAAGAAUAAAAUAAGGGGGUCAAUGCAAAUAGUCUGGGUAGCCAUUUGACUAUAAUUGUUUAGCAGUUUUAUGGCUUCGGGGUAGAAGCUGUUAAGGAGCAUUAUGGACCCAGACUUGGCACUCCAGUACCACAUGCUGUGCAGUAGCAGAGAGAACAGUCUAUGACUUGGGUGGAUGGAGUCUGACAAUUUUUAUGGCUUUCCUAUCGAAGUAAACUUGGAGUCACACGAUGAUUUAGUGUGUGUGGUCCUCCCACUAUGACUUGGGGAAACUAUGCAGUUAUUAGGCUACAGCUUAAAUAAAUUAUGAACUUCACAGGGUGGUGAAAGUGCACUGUGAUGAGCUUGGUGCUCCUUUCCAAUAAAUAUCGAGGGUCUUAUUCUGAUGACAUGAUCGAUGCUUGACUGCUGUUUGACAAAUACAAAUAUUCUCGCACUUAUCCAUAAUAAUCUCAUGUAGACUAGCCUAUCUGCACAGCCUACCCGCACUGUAUCUGCGAGCUGUUGGCUGGAGCGCACGUUCCAAGACCAGAGUAGGUACAUUUGCUAUUUAACGCAACAGUUUUUAUGAAAACUAUCACUAGUUGAAAAUGUGAUGGAAACGCAUUCGGUACAUGAAAACGUAAGCGAAAAAUAAUAUGUUAUGUGCACUACGUCAUCACGCACUGAUUUUUAUCGGCAAUAAGUCAUUUUGGUGGAAACACACCACUGGUGGGAAAAUUCGCAAAUUUUCUUUAUACGGAUUUUAGAAUAUUUGCAUGAAAAUCUGUCGCCAAUUGGAUGGAAACCUAGCUGGAAACCUAGCUACAGCUAGUCAUUUGUUUAUGACAAAAAAUAUAUAACUGACCUAGUGUGAUGUAGGGCCGUGUCCGAUCACUCGUACUUGCGUCCUAAAUAGGUUGUUUAGGUAUGCGAAAAUAGAAAGUAUGACCCAUGUGUUUGACAACAGCUGAUAAUCAGAUAAGGUGACUGACUGUACCAAAAUGAACAAAUGGUGGAAAACAUAGCAAUUGCGCAUUUGAUGACGCAUUCUCAGUAUGGGUGAGCCUAGUAUGUUGAUAUUUGUAUAUUUAUAUAUAAUGACAUGUUACACUACCACAAUAUAGUAAAUAGAUCUAACACCUUUCAGCAGAAUGCCAGUGGUUAUCCAAAUCUUCACCUGCUAAAUGAGGUAUAAAAAGACAUAAAAAACUGAACUUGAGCGUGCAUAACUAUUCACCCCCCCAAAGUCAAUACUUUGUAGAGCCACCUUUUGCAGCAAUUACAGCAGCAAGUCUCUUGGGGUAUGUAUCUAUAAGCUUGGAUGGUGUUCUCGGGGUGAUGAGAGGUGUUGGGUUUGCGCCAGACAUAGCGUUUUCCUUGAUGGCCAAAAAGCUUACUUUUAGUCUCAUCUGACCAGAGUACCUUCUUCCAUAUGUUUGGGGAGUCUCCCACAUGCCUUUUGGCGAACACCAAACGUGUUUGCUUAUUUUUUUCUUUAGCAAUGGCUUUUUUCGGGCCACUCUUCCGUAAAGCCCAGCUCUGUGGAGUGUAUGGCUUAAAGUGGUCCUAUGGACAGAUACUCCAAUCUCCGCUGUGGAGCUUUGCAGCUCCUUCAGGGUUAUCUUUGAUCUCUUUGUUGCCUCUCUGAUUAAUGCCCUCCUUGCCUGGUCCGUGAGUUUUGGUGGGCGGCCCUCUCUUGGCAGGUUUGUUGUGGUGCCAUAUUCUUUCCAUUUUUUAACAAUGGAUUUAAAUGGUGCUCCGUGGGAUGUUCAAAGUUUUGGAUAUUUUUUUAUAACCCAACCCUGAUCUGUACUUCUCCACAACUUUGUCCCUGACCUGUUUGGAGAGCUCCUGUUUGGUGCCGCUUGCUUAGUGGUGUUGCAGACUCUGGGGCCUUUCAGAACAGGUAUAUAUAUACUGAGAUCAUGUGACACUUAGAUUGCACACAGGUGGACUUUAUUUAACUAAUUAUGUGACUUCUGAAGGUAAUUGGUUGCACCAGUUCUUACAUAUGCACGCACCAGUUUUCCAUAUAUUUUUAUUUUUAUUUCACUUCACCAAUUUGGACUAUUUUGUGUAUGUCCAUUACAUGAAAUCCAAAUAAAAAUCCAUUUAAAUUACAGAUUGUAAUGCAACAAAAUAGGAAAAGGGAGAUUAAUACUUUUGCAAGGCACUGUAUAGCUUCAAAGGGGUGUUCCUUGAUGAAGGCUAACAAUGAUUCUAUAGAAAUUCUAGCUAUCGAAGCUAUCUAGCAAACGUUGGGCUGCCCUGUGCUUAAAUAGUCAUGAUAAUCAAUUAUUUGUAAAAUUAUUUAUGUUGAGCAAAAAGAUGUUUUUGAGUUUGACUGAGUUUAGACUUUUGUCUUGUCUUUGUAAAUUAGCUGGGCGCUGCUACCCGUCUACCAGGGAUGACGCCCGCUGGGAUCAUCCACCUUCUCAACUAUGUCCUCAGGACCGGGCAGAGGAACAGACACACAGAGCACAGAAACCGAUCGAGCCAAAAAGAGGGGGGAAAGGGACAGCUGUGUGCAAGCAACAUACAGAUAUCGCAGUGA